AUUUGAACCUGAAUACCAUUGGAUACCGGUGGAGCACGUGAAUAAAACACAGCCAAUGAAGAAGCGAAGUCGUAUCACUUCCUCCUGCCCAUUGCGCUUGGCUUUCUGUCGGGUGGAUACGCAAUAAACGCGAGGGCGGACGCUAAGAGGGGAGAGGUAGCAUUUGUCAUUAACUUGACUGCAGCAGCCAUGUUGGCAGCAAGGUUGGUGUGCCUUCGGGCUCUCCCGUGCCGGACUCUACAUUCUGCACUUGCUCAAGGUUCACCUCUUUUGAGGAAUUCCACUCUGAAAACAAAUCAGUGGCUUUCACAGCCCUACAAGGGAUAUGCCUCCAGAGCCAGGAUGGGUUUACGCCGGGGGAAAACUGGUGAAGAGAUUAAGGAAGCAGCUUUUGAACCAGCAAUGGAGACAGCCCUUAAAGUUGAUCAGAUGGGAAAAUGGAUUCUUGCCGGGGGUGCUGUUGUUGGUCUUGGAGCUGUGUGUUACUAUGGAUUGGGGAUGUCUAAUGAGAUCGGAGCCAUUGAAAAAGCUAUUAUUUGGCCACAGUAUGUGAAAGACAGAAUCCGUUCUACCUACAUGUAUUUUGCAGGAAGUGUUGGUUUGACAGCCUUGUCUGCUGUAGCAGUCAGUAGAUCUCCUGCUCUCAUGGGUCUAAUGAUGAGAGGUUCUUGGCUGGCAAUAGGUGCAACUUUUGCCGCUAUGAUUGGGGCUGGAAUGUUGGUUAGAGCAAUAGAUUAUGAACAUAGCCCUGGACCUAAACAUCUUGCUUGGAUGCUUUAUGCAGGUGUUAUGGGUGCUGUGGUGGCUCCUCUGACCCUUCUAGGUGGCCCCUUGCUUAUCCGAGCUGCUUGGUAUACAACAGGAAUCGUUGGUGGUCUCUCAACUGUAGCCAUGUGUGCACCAAGCGAGAAGUUUCUGAACAUGGGGGCACCUCUAGGAGUAGGCUUUGGCCUCGUGUUUGCCUCUUCCCUUGGAUCCAUGUUCUUUCCUCCUACAUCUGCAUUUGGAGCUGGCCUCUAUUCUGUUGCUGUUUAUGGUGGAUUGGUACUUUUUAGCCUGUUCCUGCUCUAUGAUACUCAGAAAGUUAUAAAACGUGCAGAGACUCAACCACUGUAUGGUACAGGAAUACAGAAGUAUGAUCCCAUCAACUCGUGUAUGGGUAUUUACAUGGAUACUCUCAACAUCUUUAUCAGAGUGGCCACCAUGCUUGGGGCUGGUGGUGGCAGCAGAAGGAAAUAGAUCGUCAUUUUGUUGGAAGGAAGGCUGUAUAGGUGGUCAUCAAACACAUAGGCUUGUCUGCUUAGUGCAUAAUAUUGAAUAAAGCUCCUGUUGUGUACAAGCAGCUAUCAUGUAGAAGUUGGAUGUUCUGAGCACUUCAACAUGAUCCUUACAGUGUUUUCAGUGAAAUGUUAUUUGAAUAUUGGCUUCCUAUUUGAAACUUUAAAAAAAAUGAGUGGAAAUUAAACUACAUUACCAUUCAAUCUUUUCUCCUUAACUUUGGGCUUUUUUUUAAUGGAGAAACUAAUUCAUUUCAAUGUGUUCAUCUGUAGCAGAUGUAUGCUCUGGAAAAGUGAAAUUGUAUGCCAUGCUAUAAUCUCACUUUGUAUAUAGAAGAAGCCAGAAAGGGCACUGUUUUAAACCAACCUGAGUUUCAGAAGGAGAGGUAUUUCUUGAGAAGUUUAUAACAGUAAGUGAUUGUGCUGAAAUGUGGUAGUGACUAAACACAGCACUUUGUUACCGGUGAUCUAAAUGGCAAAUAAGUUGAAACUCGAAGAGGAUAAUUGUUGGAAUCUCCUUGCAUUUUUUCCAGGAAAGGUGGGGGGGCGGCAGGGUUGGUGGUGUACAACUAUCAUCAACUUUAAGUGAAACUUCUCCUUUAAGAAAUACCAGAAACAAUAUUCAAGUCUAAACAAAACAGACCUGCUGAAAGGAGGUUCCUAACUUUGUCUAGCCAUGCAGAGGAAUAAAGCAUCCAUUUGAGACCCUAAAGCCUGUGUGUUCCUUCAUUAAAGUCUAAUUGCAACAUAACUUAUUUUCAAAUUUACAUUCCUCUGUAUUUCCAAUUCUUGCAGAAUACUGCCAUCCAACUGGCAGUUUGUUUUCAUUUUAUUUCAAGGAGCAAGUGGUCUUGCAUGAGCAACUUAUUCCUAAAGUAUGUUCACUCAGGGUCUCCUUUUAUUUCAAAAGCCAUGCUUUGGCAAAUGUAAUAUUUUUAUAAGCUGGGAAAACAGAUGCAACUUAUUGGGAAGAAUAAAUAUUAUUUUGGAAAUUGCUGAGAACUCUCAACUGCUGUGUUAUUCAUCUGUUUAUCUGCUGGGACACAGCAGUUUAGUAACUUUAUUCUCCUUCCCCUUUGCCAAUCUACUAUGCUUGUAGCAGUCUCUGAAACAAUAAAGUCCUAGCCCAGCA